AUGAUUGUAAAUCAUUCAUCAAUAGGUGUUUUAUCAGAUACAAAGAGGACUUUAUUCAUAAAAUUUCCAAGAAAACCUAAAUUAUGUUCAACAAAUAAUGAUUUAACUACAGUGGAAUUCCAAUAUUUAUUUUUUAACGAUGAGAAAUGUCAAAUUAAUUCUCGAUUUAUUCAGGAUAGAUUUACAAGUCAAAUGAUGCUAUUCACCUUUUUUGUGAAGGAUUCCAUGUACAAUGGAGGUAAUGUAUUGAAUGUAUUACUUGCAUCACGUAAAUUGAACUAUAGAGACCCUGGUGAAUCACAAUUGAGAUUAAUUAAAAAUGUCACUGAAAUGAAUUCAAUCUUGAAAUUAAACACUGAAUUUUUUAAAAAUGAUCCAAUUGAACUGGACUUAUUGAAAUGUUACCAAUCAAUGUUUGAUAAUUUAAAAAAUCAUGGUAUACAUGCUGAGAUCCCAAUUGCUUCAUAUUUUCAUAAAGAGUUUCUUAAAGCUGAUCCAUGUGUAUCAAUAAUUGCAAAUAGUAAUGAAUUAUACAGAAUUUUCCCCAAUCCAGAGAUCUUAAAGUAUAAACAUGUUAUAUUAAAUAUAUUUGAUAUUGAAAAACAUGUAAAAGUUUGGUCAAAUACAAUGAGAUCUAAAGAAAAUGCUAAUCAUGAACAUUUAGAAAAAAUUGCCAACUUCUCAAAUUUUUAUGAUAUGAUUACAAGACCAACUUUUUUCAAAGAAGCUUGGAUAAUGACUUAUAUUAACUAUAAAAAUUCACAAAUAUCUAAUUCAGAUAAUCCAGAUCAAAGAGCAAUAAUAAAUUACCCUAAAUUAAUAGAAGCUGGAAAUUUAAAAAGUUAUCAUUUGAAAGGAUUUUAUCAUAUUAAAGAAUUCAUAAGUCAUCCAUGGUCACUGAAUGGUCCAUUAACUGAAGAAUUAAAAGACAAAAGUAUUGAUGCAGCUUUAAAACAAUCAGAAUCAUUAAAAAAAAUUGGUAUUAAAAUUAAAGAAAUUGAGAGAUUUCAAUAUGAUUCAUCAAAUGAUAAAUUUUAUUUUUUAUGGAAUGCAAGAGAAAUUGGUAUUAUGAAACCAGAUGAUAUUGAAAUUUUAGACUUCUAUGGUUUGAAGACUGCACUAUUUAACGGAUGA